AUGGAUUUUACUAGUGGGUUACCUUUAACACCUAUUAAGAAAGAUUUUGUAUGGGUCAUCGUAGAUCAUUUGACUGAGUCCGCCUAUUUCAUUCCAGUUCAGACAGAUUAUUCUUUGCAGAAGUUGGUCAAGCUCUACAUUUUUGAGAUUGUUUUAGGUCCCAAGUUGGUUUCCAAGACUGAAGAUAAAGUCAGAUUAAUUCGGGAUCGUCCUAAGGCGAUUUCUGAUAGACAGAAGUCUUAUGUGGAUCUGAAAAAGAGGGAUAUUGAAUACUCUAUGGGUGACUUUGUCUUCCUUAAGGUGUCUCCGUGGAAGGAAGUUUUGAGGUUUGGAUGUAAGGAGUUAGACCGUAUCCAUGACGUAUUCCACGUCUUUAUGUUGAUGCGGUAUUGGUCUGAUCCAUCUCACGUUGUUUCUAUUGAGGAGAUCGAGAUUAGACCAGAUUUAAAAUUUAAGGAAGAGCCAAUUCAGACUUUGGAUCAAGAUGUAAAGAUGUUGAUGAGGAAGUAUAUUUCGUUAGUUAAAGUUUUGUGGAGGAAUCAUGGCACUGAGAAAGCCACAUGGGAACCUAAAGACUCGAUGCGUAAGCAGUAUCCUUAUUUGUUCGAAUCAGAGCAAGUGUUCUAUGAAGCGACAUUCCACCUAUAUAUUGGCAGCUUGCCUACAAACUAUUCUGACAAGUGUCAUAAAGACACUAUGUGGUGUGUUGGUAUGGGUGGAUGUUUUAUACCCCACAUGGUAAUCCUCAAGCAUAGGCGGGUCGGUGUGACGGAGGCUCAACAGUGA